GACGUUUGAAGACGGAGAAGAAAGACUUUGUUGUGUUUGUUGCAUUCUUUUUCACAGUGGAAAGAAAAGAGAUAUCAGCAUGUGGCAGUCCAGGAGAGGAGCUCGACGCCCUUCACCUCAGAAAGACAUAAGUGAAUACUCCCUAUGGCACCUGCUACCCGAGCUGGUGCUGGUGAAGAUAUUCCGCAUGCUCAACAUGAACGAGCGCUACAUCGCCUCGCUGGUGUGCUGGAACUGGGCGCAGGCGUUCAACCUGCCCGACGUGUGGCGCGUCUUCGUGCUGGACGACACCGUACUCACAAAGUCCAGGUACAACUACUACCUGGGAUGGCAGAAAACACUGGAUCACAUCCGCACGUCAACAGCGCUGGACAAGAUGGCGCGUCACAUCCGCACCCUGGUCAUCCGGCCGAUGGCGAACUUUUACAACAUGUAUUCGUUCAUGAACGCCCUGUCGGCCUUCGCUCAGCGCUACCCUGGCUCACUGGACGGCGUCAUCGCGCUCAGAUACACGUUCGUGUGCACGCUGGCUGAAAAGGAGAAUGACGAGGUGUUCGGGACGGGCGGCGAGAUUCUGCGCUCUCUGCAGCGCCUCAUGGGUCACCUGGCCGGCCUGCGUGACAUUGAGCUGGUGGAUCUACUGCUGGAGAGAGUCGAGGGCAUGCACGCACUCGACCAGGUAUCUGUGGUGUGCUGCGAGACGAUGCGGGUGCUGAAACUCAUCAACAUCACCAAGUUCCAAGUGGAGCUGCUGCACCCAGGCGUGUUCAUCAACCUGCGCGAGCUGCACAUCAGCCCGCAGAACUUGGGUGACGACCUGCUGUACCUGUUGGCCGAGAACAAACUGCGAAACCUGCACCUGAUUCAGAACGAGCACACAGAGUCGACGGGCUCGGUGGGCCGCCGGAGCUGGCGGGACGCGCGGCUGCGCAACUCCCGUCUGCGCGUCCACCUGCGGCUGGAGGGCAAGCCGCGUCACCAGGAGAUCAUCUGGCAGCAGGGCGCGCCCGUCAAGUCCAUUCUCUAUCGCUCCCCGUACAUCGCCGUGAGCGCGGUGAGCGUUCUCACCACCAUCGAGUACUACGGCACCGACCUGGAGGUGUACGGCCACCUGGGACUGCCGCGCUUCCACCGCAGUGCCAGCUUCCACGAGCGUGCCGACGGUGCUCUGGUGAUGCUGCUGCGGCACUGUCCGCUGGUGCACACACUGGUGGUGCGGGAGCGCAUAUCGUCUGCCACCGUGCUCCUCCUGGCGCACACGGGCAAGAACCUGCGUCGACUGUUCGUACGCGCCAACGCGGUGCUCCUGCGAGCCGACUGGCCCCGCAGCCCCGAGUGGUCGCCGCAGUUCUACGACUGGCUGCGCUCAGCCGCCCGCUCGUACGGCCGUACCGAGGCGGAGGUGAGCCGUCUGCUCGGCUACCCCUGGUGCUUACUCUCCGAUAAGGUGUUCCGCGCGCUACGGCUCGAUCUGAAUCAGAGUCACUAUUGGAACACGUGAGGGUGACUGGUGGGGUGUGGCGGUGUGGAGGGACGCUGCUUUGUCGACGAGGCUGCCAGCUACUGGCGCCGCGCUGGCUGGUCGGUGGGGACUUCUGCCAGCGCCGCGCUGGUUCGUUAGCGCUGGUCGGUCGAGACUAAAACUGCCAGCGCCGCGCUGGCUCGGUGGUCUGGUGGUGCUACCAGUGCCGGGCUGGUUUGUCAGGGCUGUUUGACCGGCUGGUUCGCCUACUGCCGGUGCCAGGCAGGCUCGUCAGUGCUGGUCGGACUGCGCUGCUGGCGUCGAGCUAGUUCGCUAGCGCUGGCCGGACUGGUUCGCACGCGCUGUUCGGGCUGUGCUACCGACUUUAUGCUGCCUUCACGGGCUGCACAGCUGUGUUGGGCACUUGUCAGUGACGGGACAGAAGGACUAAGAGGAGGCACCAACUGAGCAGACCCCGUGCCCCGCAUACCGUCCUGGCCGGUUCGUGUCUUGCACCGAGCGAGCAAGACACGGACCUCGUCUUGCUCGCUAAAUGCAAGGAAUAACGAAUAAGUCUCGGAGUGUGUAGCGACAAACAGGGCUACUUCGAUGAGUUGUCGCUUUGAUAAUUGUUCAUGCUCAUCCUAUGUUUGAUGACUGGACGAAUCGUCUCGGAGACGGGAGAUAUCGUGUGCGCUUUGAGUUUUCACCCUGCCAAUUUCAGGAUAGUUUGAAGUGUGGUGAUUUUUGUAACAGUAAUUUUGUGACAGAGAUACCUGAAUGAAUAGUGGCUGUGACAGAAUACUGCCCCGGACUGUGCUGCAACCCGUUUUCAUGCUUGUAACUCCCCCGUGUGAUUCUGACGUGCGAUAGUCGGUAAAUGGAUUCUCCCUGUUUUGUUUGGGUUUCUGACACGCGUCGGCUGUCCGGUUUGUGAAACUUCAAACAGUUUGUGCGCCGAAGUUUCGGCGUCCUACGGACAUGUAUGACGUUGCCAAGGGUUAAUGAAGACAGCUAAUCCCCAGAGAA